AUGACGACACUUCUCAAGCAACCUCUCAAGCUCGCCCUCGUACAGCUGGCAUCCGGAGCCGACAAAGCCGCAAACCUAAGCCAUGCGCGUGUCAAAGUCCUCGAAGCCGCCAAAGCAGGCGCCAAACUAAUCGUCCUCCCCGAAUGCUUCAACUCCCCCUACGGCACACAAUUCUUCCCCAAAUAUGCCGAAACACUUCUCCCCUCGCCGCCCACGGAGGAACAGUCGCCUUCAUACCAUGCGCUAUCAAAACUAGCCGCAGAAGCGAAAUCAUAUCUUGUUGGCGGAAGUAUUCCUGAACUGGAACCCGAAACAAAGAAAUACUACAACACAUCACUCGUAUUCUCACCUACAGGCGCAUUGAUUGGCACUCAUCGCAAGGCGCAUUUAUUCGAUAUCGAUAUCCCAGGCAAGAUUACAUUCAAGGAGAGCGAGGUACUCUCUCCCGGCAACAAAGUCACAAUACUAGACUUGCCAGAGUACGGCAAGAUCGGUCUAGCCAUCUGCUACGAUGUACGAUUCCCCGAACUAGCAAUGGUUGCAGCUCGCAAAGGCGCAUUCUUACUCGUUUACCCUGGCGCUUUCAACACGACCACCGGACCUAUGCACUGGUCUCUUCUCGGACGCGCGCGCGCAGUCGAUAACCAGGUGUACGUCGCCAUGUGCAGCCCAGCGCGGGAUAUGAGCGCUAGCUAUCAUGCGUAUGGUCACACAUUCAUCGCUAGUCCGAACGCAGAGGUUUUGGGAGAGUUGGAGGAGAAGGAGGAUAUUGUCUAUGCUGAUUUGACGGGUGGGACUAUUGAUUCCGCGAGGAAAGGUAUUCCGGUGAAUACGCAGCGUCGCCCCGACGACGACGACAACCAAAGACGACAGUCCGGCACAUCUACCAAAAUGUCGAGCACCACCAAGGGAAAGAAGAGCGGUCGUUCCGCCAUCGCCGAUGUUGUGUCGCGCGAAUACACCAUCCACCUGCACAAGAGAGUGCACGGUGUCACCUUCAAGAAGCGUGCUCCCCGCGCCGUCAAGGAGAUUCGCGCUUUCGCUGAGCAGGCUAUGGGCACCAAGGACGUCCGCCUCGACCCCCAGUUGAACAAGAAGGUCUGGGAAGCUGGUAUCAAGGGUGUCCCCUUCCGUCUCCGUGUCCGCAUCAGCCGCAAGCGUAACGACGAGGAAGGUGCCAAGGAGAAGCUUUACAGCUACGUGCAGGCUGUCAAUGUCAAGGAUGCCAAGGGUCUUAGCACCACUGUUGUCGAGGAUGCUUAG